AGAUAAAAGCAGAUAGAUUUAUCCAAAUCCCCCCUGUCCUCAGAUCCGCUGUCUCUCCAACAAAACUGUUAGAAUAGUCAAACCCCUCUUCUUUUGAAAGUAGGUAAACUAUGGAAAAGCAAAGUAACGUGGGUUUCUUUUUUUAAAUCGGGCUGUGGCAGAGAGAGGAGAAGUAUAGCCUGACUCCCUCCGUGGUUAAUCUUCCCGGAGCGUUAGCAGCAACGACUAUUCUGAAGAUUAGAUCUGCGUUUCCCAUCACGACUGGAGCAAAGAUUUAAUCAUUCCUCGGUGUACUAAAGCAAAGACGAGUUGUCGAGGUCGGCUGUAGCCAGAUUUGAAGUUUAAUCUUCUGAACGUAUCCAUGUUUGCGGAUCAACACCGGCUUGGCGGUGCCCUCAAUUGAGUGUGCGCACGGGGGAGACGCUCGCAGUUCCACUGUUCCGAGUCUACGCUGCCAACGACGAAAGAGGAGAUACAUUGUUUUCGGGACUAUCUGAAAUGGGGAGUCAAAAACGGCUAACAGAAAUGGGAUUCUAGAAUUGGAAAACGGGUCUCAUUCUGAGUUUUAUAAGGAACUAUUCCAAAAGGAGAAAAUUUGUGUUUUUAUUUCUCUCAACAAUAAUGUAUAAGAGGAAAAAUGUGGGUCGGAUGUCGAUUUCUGUUCGAUACGGAUACGAGAACUGGCAAGAUAUCAGCAUGAAUUAAAAGCAGAAAGAAAGAAAAAACAGACAUCAAUGUUCAUUUUUAUUUUGGAGCGAGUACCAUGGCGAAAAGGAAGGGACUGUUGUUUUCGCUGCUUUACUUGAUGGCAGAGUUUUGGCUGAGUUGGCAGCAAGUCCUUAGAAUCGGGGGUAUCUUUGAGACCCUUGAGAAUGAGCCCAUUAGUGUGGAGGAGCUGGCCUUUAAAUUCGCUGCGACAAACAUCAACAGGAACCGGACCUUAAUGCCCAACACCACACUGACCUACGACAUCCAGAGAAUAAACCUCUUCGACAGCUUCGAAGCCUCCAGAAGAGCCUGUGACCAGUUGGCUCUGGGUGUCGGGGCGGUGUUUGGUCCCUCUCACAGCUCCUCCGUCAGUGCUGUCCAGUCCAUCUGCAAUGCUCUGGAGGUACCUCAUAUCCAGACCCGGUGGAAACACCCCUCUGUGGACAACAAGGACAGCUUCUACAUCAACCUUUACCCAGAGUAUGCCUCCAUCAGCAGAGCCAUACUGGACAUCGUACAGUACUACAAGUGGAAGACAGUCACCGUAGUUUACGAGGAUGCAACUGGCUUAAUUCGUCUUCAGGAGCUGAUCAAAGCUCCGUCCAGGUACAGCAUCAAGAUUAAGAUUCGCCAGCUGCCGACGGAGAGUAAAGACGCCCGGCCGUUACUAAAGGAGAUGAAGAAGGGGAAAGAGUUCUAUGUUAUCUUCGACUGUUCCUACCAGACCUCCGCAGACGUACUCAAACAGAUCAUGUCCAUGGGGAUGAUGACUGAGUAUUACCACUUCUUCUUCACUACUCUGGACCUAUUUGCUCUGGACCUGGAGCCGUACAGGUACAGUGGUGUGAACAUGACCGGAUUCCGCCUCCUCAACAUAGACAACCCCCAGGUCGCCUCCGUGGUCGACAAGUGGUCCAUGGAGCGCCAGCAAGCCCCGCCCAAACCAGAGACGGGCAUGCUGGAUGGCAUGAUGACGACUGAGGCAGCGUUGAUGUAUGAUGCUGUGUACAUGGUGGCAGCAGCCUCCCAGCUCUCCACUCAGAUCACUGUCAGCUCACUGCAGUGCCACAGACACAAACCCUGGCGCUUCGGAGCACGAUUCAUGAACAUGUUCAAAGAGGCGACGUGGAACGGUUUGACAGGACAGAUCAUUAUAAACAAGACAGACGGUUCGAGGAAAGACUUUGACCUGGACGUCAUCAGUCUGAAGGAAGACGGCUUGGAGAAGACGAUCGGGGGCAAUAGCCACCUCAAUAAAGUGUGGAAAAAGAUUGGAUUGUGGAACUCCAACAACGGCCUUAACCUUACAGAAAGUCUGAAGGAUACGGGGACUAACAUCACAGAUUCCAUGGCCAACAGGACUCUGGUCGUCACCACUAUCCUGGAAAACCCUUACGUCAUGUACAAGAAGUCUGACAAGCCUCUGUACGGUAACGACCGGUUCGAAGGUUACUGCCUGGACCUACUGAAGGAGCUGUCCAACAUCCUGGGAUUUGCCUACGAGGUUAAACUGGUAUCUGACGGGAAGUAUGGAGCUCAAAACGAUAAGGGAGAAUGGAACGGCAUGGUGCGGGAACUCAUAGACCAUGUAGCAGACCUGGCUGUGGCUCCUCUGACCAUCACCUAUGUGAGGGAGAAGGUGAUAGACUUCUCUAAACCCUUUAUGACCUUGGGAAUCAGUAUCCUGUACCACAAACCCAACGGCACCAACCCUGGAGUGUUCUCCUUCCUCAACCCCCUGUCUCCUGACAUCUGGAUGUACGUACUACUGGCCUGCCUCGGAGUCAGCUGUGUCCUGUUUGUCAUCGCCAGGUUUACCCCCUAUGAGUGGUACAACCCUCACCCCUGUAACCCUGACUCUGACGUGGUGGAGAACAACUUCACUCUCAUCAACUCUGUCUGGUUUGGGGUGGGAGCUCUGAUGCAGCAAGGAUCUGAGCUGAUGCCUAAAGCCCUGUCUACGAGGAUAGUAGGAGGCAUUUGGUGGUUCUUCACCCUCAUCAUCAUCUCCUCUUACACGGCCAACCUGGCUGCCUUCCUCACCGUGGAGAGGAUGGACUCUCCCAUCGACUCGGCUGACGACCUGGCCAAGCAGACUAAGAUAGAGUAUGGAGCUGUGAGAGACGGAUCAACCAUGACCUUCUUCAAGAAAUCCAAGAUCUCCACCUAUGAGAAGAUGUGGGCGUUUAUGAGCAGCAGGAAGAACACAGCUCUGGUGAAGAACAACAGAGAGGGGAUCCAGAGAGUCAUGACCACAGACUACGCUCUCCUCAUGGAAUCCACCAGCAUAGAGUACAUCAGUCAGAGGAACUGUAACCUCACGCAGAUCGGAGGCCUCAUAGACUCUAAGGGCUACGGCGUAGGCACUCCCAUAGGCUCCCCCUACAGAGACAAGGUGACCAUCGCCAUCCUGCAGCUCCAGGAAGAAGGGAAGCUCCACAUGAUGAAGGAGAAGUGGUGGAGAGGGAACGGUUGUCCUGAGGAGGACAGUAAGGAGGCUAGCGCCUUGGGAGUAGAGAACAUUGGUGGCAUUUUCAUAGUGCUAGCAGCCGGACUGGUUCUCUCUGUGUUUGUAGCUAUCGGAGAGUUCAUUUACAAAUCCAGGAAAAACUUGGACAUAGAGGAGGUGAGUGUAGGGCAGUGUGAGUGGCAUCAUAAGUACUAACAGAAAGAAAGGUGCUCCGAGACUGUUAUUAUGGACCUUCUACAUAGAGUAGGUUGCUGUGGACCUUAUACACACAGUCAGUCAGUUGCUAUGAACAUUAUACAAUAUACACAGUCAGUCAG